AUGGCUCGCACGCUCAACUGCGUUGCUCGCACGCUCAACUGCGUUGCUAGCACGCUCAACUGCGUUGCUAGCACGCUCAACUGCGUUGCUAGCACGCUCAACUGCGUUGCUAGCACGCUCAACUGCGUUGCUAGCACGCUCAACUGCGUUGCUAGCACGCUCAACUGCGUUGCUAGCACGCUCAACUGCGUUGCUAGCACGCUCAACUGCGUUGCUAGCACGCUCAACUGCGUUGCUAGCACGCUCAACUGCGUUGCUAGCACGCUCAACUGCGUUGCUAGCACGCUCAACUGCGUUGCUAGCACGCUCAACUGCGUUGCUAGCACGCUCAACUGCGUUGCUCGCACGCUCAACUGCGUUGCUCGCACGCUCAACUGCGUUGCUCGCACGCUCAACUGCGUUGCUAGCACGCUCAACUGCGUUGCUAGCACGCUCAACUGCGUUGCUAGCACGCUCAACUGCGUUGCUAGCACGCUCAACUGCGUUGCUCGCACGCUCAACUGCGUUGCUCGCACGCUCAACUGCGUUGCUAGCACGCUCAACUGCGUUGCUAGCACGCUCAACUGCGUUGCUAGCACGCUCAACUGCGUUGCUAGCACGCUCAACUGCGUUGCUAGCACGCUCAACUGCGUUGCUAGCACGCUCAACUGCGUUGCUCGCACGCUCAACUGCGUUGCUCGCACGCUCAACUGCGUUGCUCGCACGCUCAACUGCGUUGCUGGCACGCUCAACUGCGUUGCUGGCACGCUCAACUGCGUUGCUAGCACGCUCAACUGCGUUGCUAGCACGCUCAACUGCGUUGCUAGCACGCUCAACUGCGUUGCUCGCACGCUCAACUGCGUUGCUAGCACGCUCAACUGCGUUGCUAGCACGCUCAACUGCGUUGCUAGCACGCUCAACUGCGUUGCUAGCACGCUCAACUGCGUUGCUAGCACGCUCAACUGCGUUGCUAGCACGCUCAACUGCGUUGCUAGCACGCUCAACUGCGUUGCUAGCACGCUCAACUGCGUUGCUAGCACGCUCAACUGCGUUGCUAGCACGCUCAACUGCGUUGCUAGCACGCUCAACUGCGUUGCUAGCACGCUCAACUGCGUUGCUAGCACGCUCAACUGCGUUGCUAGCACGCUCAACUGCGUUGCUAGCACGCUCAACUGCGUUGCUCGCACGCUCAACUGCGUUGCUGGCACGCUCAACUGCGUUGCUGGCACGCUCAACUGCGUUGCUGGCACGCUCAACUGCGUUGCUGGCACGCUCAACUGCGUUGCUGGCACGCUCAACUGCGUCGCUGGCACGCUCUGCUGCGUCGUUGGCACGCUCUGCUGCGCUGCUGGCACGCUCAACUGCGUUGCUGGCACGCUCAACUGCGUUGCUGGCACGCUCAACUGCGUUGCUGGCACGCUCAACUGCGUUGCUGGCACGCUCUGCUGCGUUGCUGGCACGCUCUGCUGCGCUGCUGGCACGCUCAACUGCGUUGCUGGCACGCUCAACUGCGUUGCUCGCACGCUCAACUGCGUUGCUAGCACGCUCAACUGCGUUGCUAGCACGCUCAACUGCGUUGCUAGCACGCUCAACUGCGUUGCUAGCACGCUCAACUGCGUUGCUCGCACGCUCAACUGCGUUGCUGGCACGCUCAACUGCGUUGCUGGCACGCUCAACUGCGUUGCUGGCACGCUCAACUGCGUUGCUGGCACGCUCAACUGCGUUGCUAGCACGCUCAACUGCGUUGCUAGCACGCUCAACUGCGUUGCUGGCACGCUCAACUGCGUUGCUGGCACGCUCAACUGCGUUGCUAGCACGCUCAACUGCGUUGCUAGCACGCUCAACUGCGUUGCUAGCACGCUCAACUGCGUUGCUAGCACGCUCAACUGCGUUGCUGGCACGCUCAACUGCGUUGCUGGCACGCUCAACUGCGUUGCUGGCACGCUCAACUGCGUUGCUGGCACGCUCAACUGCGUUGCUGGCACGCUCAACUGCGUUGCUGGCACGCUCAACUGCGUUGCUGGCACGCUCAACUGCGUUGCUGGCACGCUCAACUGCGUUGCUGGCACGCUCAACUGCGUUGCUAGCACGCUCAACUGCGUUGCUAGCACGCUCAACUGCGUUGCUAGCACGCUCAACUGCGUUGCUAGCACGCUCAACUGCGUUGCUAGCACGCUCAACUGCGUUGCUCGCACGCUCAACUGCGUUGCUCGCACGCUCAACUGCGUUGCUCGCACGCUCAACUGCGUUGCUCGCACGCUCAACUGCGUUGCUCGCACGCUCAACUGCGUUGCUCGCACGCUCAACUGCGUUGCUCGCACGCUCAACUGCGUUGCUAGCACGCUCAACUGCGUUGCUAGCACGCUCAACUGCGUUGCUAGCACGCUCAACUGCGUUGCUAGCACGCUCAACUGCGUUGCUAGCACGCUCAACUGCGUUGCUAGCACGCUCAACUGCGUUGCUAGCACGCUCAACUGCGUUGCUAGCACGCUCAACUGCGUUGCUAGCACGCUCAACUGCGUUGCUAGCACGCUCAACUGCGUUGCUCGCACGCUCAACUGCGUUGCUCGCACGCUCAACUGCGUUGCUCGCACGCUCAACUGCGUUGCUCGCACGCUCAACUGCGUUGCUGGCACGCUCAACUGCGUUGCUAGCACGCUCAACUGCGUUGCUAGCACGCUCAACUGCGUUGCUCGCACGCUCAACUGCGUUGCUAGCACGCUCAACUGCGUUGCUCGCACGCUCAACUGCGUUGCUAGCACGCUCAACUGCGUUGCUAGCACGCUCAACUGCGUUGCUAGCACGCUCAACUGCGUUGCUAGCACGCUCAACUGCGUUGCUAGCACGCUCAACUGCGUUGCUGGCACGCUCAACUGCGUUGCUGGCACGCUCAACUGCGUUGCUGGCACGCUCAACUGCGUUGCUGGCACGCUCAACUGCGUUGCUGGCACGCUCAACUGCGUUGCUGGCACGCUCAACUGCGUUGCUGGCACGCUCAACUGCGUUGCUGGCACGCUCAACUGCGUUGCUAGCACGCUCAACUGCGUUGCUAGCACGCUCAACUGCGUUGCUAGCACGCUCAACUGCGUUGCUAGCACGCUCAACUGCGUUGCUAGCACGCUCAACUGCGUUGCUAGCACGCUCAACUGCGUUGCUCGCACGCUCAACUGCGUUGCUCGCACGCUCAACUGCGUUGCUCGCACGCUCAACUGCGUUGCUGGCACGCUCAACUGCGUUGCUAGCACGCUCAACUGCGUUGCUAGCACGCUCAACUGCGUUGCUAGCACGCUCAACUGCGUUGCUAGCACGCUCAACUGCGUUGCUCGCACGCUCAACUGCGUUGCUAGCACGCUCAACUGCGUUGCUAGCACGCUCAACUGCGUUGCUAGCACGCUCAACUGCGUUGCUAGCACGCUCAACUGCGUUGCUAGCACGCUCAACUGCGUUGCUGGCACGCUCAACUGCGUUGCUGGCACGCUCAACUGCGUUGCUGGCACGCUCAACUGCGUUGCUGGCACGCUCAACUGCCACGCUCAACUGGAUGCUCGCACGCUCAACUGCGUUGCUCGCACGCUCAACUGCGUUGCUCGCACGCUCAACUGCGUUGCUAGCACGCUCAACUGCGUUGCUGGCACGCUCAACUGCGUUGCUAGCACGCUCAACUGCGUUGCUAGCACGCUCAACUGCGUUGCUAGCACGCUCAACUGCGUUGCUAGCACGCUCAACUGCGUUGCUAGCACGCUCAACUGCGUUGCUAGCACGCUCAACUGCGUUGCUAGCACGCUCAACUGCGUUGCUAGCACGCUCAACUGCGUUGCUAGCACGCUCAACUGCGUUGCUAGCACGCUCAACUGCGUUGCUAGCACGCUCAACUGCGUUGCUAGCACGCUCAACUGCGUUGCUAGCACGCUCAACUGCGUUGCUAGCACGCUCAACUGCGUUGCUAGCACGCUCAACUGCGUUGCUAGCACGCUCAACUGCGUUGCUCGCACGCUCAACUGCGUUGCUCGCACGCUCAACUGCGUUGCUCGCACGCUCAACUGCGUUGCUCGCACGCUCAACUGCGUUGCUGGCACGCUCAACUGCGUUGCUAGCACGCUCAACUGCGUUGCUAGCACGCUCAACUGCGUUGCUCGCACGCUCAACUGCGUUGCUAGCACGCUCAACUGCGUUGCUCGCACGCUCAACUGCGUUGCUAGCACGCUCAACUGCGUUGCUAGCACGCUCAACUGCGUUGCUAGCACGCUCAACUGCGUUGCUAGCACGCUCAACUGCGUUGCUAGCACGCUCAACUGCGUUGCUGGCACGCUCAACUGCGUUGCUGGCACGCUCAACUGCGUUGCUGGCACGCUCAACUGCGUUGCUGGCACGCUCAACUGCGUUGCUGGCACGCUCAACUGCGUUGCUGGCACGCUCAACUGCGUUGCUGGCACGCUCAACUGCGUUGCUGGCACGCUCAACUGCGUUGCUAGCACGCUCAACUGCGUUGCUAGCACGCUCAACUGCGUUGCUAGCACGCUCAACUGCGUUGCUAGCACGCUCAACUGCGUUGCUAGCACGCUCAACUGCGUUGCUAGCACGCUCAACUGCGUUGCUCGCACGCUCAACUGCGUUGCUCGCACGCUCAACUGCGUUGCUCGCACGCUCAACUGCGUUGCUGGCACGCUCAACUGCGUUGCUAGCACGCUCAACUGCGUUGCUAGCACGCUCAACUGCGUUGCUAGCACGCUCAACUGCGUUGCUAGCACGCUCAACUGCGUUGCUCGCACGCUCAACUGCGUUGCUAGCACGCUCAACUGCGUUGCUAGCACGCUCAACUGCGUUGCUAGCACGCUCAACUGCGUUGCUAGCACGCUCAACUGCGUUGCUAGCACGCUCAACUGCGUUGCUGGCACGCUCAACUGCGUUGCUGGCACGCUCAACUGCGUUGCUGGCACGCUCAACUGCGUUGCUGGCACGCUCAACUGCCACGCUCAACUGGAUGCUCGCACGCUCAACUGCGUUGCUCGCACGCUCAACUGCGUUGCUCGCACGCUCAACUGCGUUGCUAGCACGCUCAACUGCGUUGCUGGCACGCUCAACUGCGUUGCUAGCACGCUCAACUGCGUUGCUAGCACGCUCAACUGCGUUGCUAGCACGCUCAACUGCGUUGCUAGCACGCUCAACUGCGUUGCUAGCACGCUCAACUGCGUUGCUAGCACGCUCAACUGCGUUGCUAGCACGCUCAACUGCGUUGCUAGCACGCUCAACUGCGUUGCUAGCACGCUCAACUGCGUUGCUAGCACGCUCAACUGCGUUGCUAGCACGCUCAACUGCGUUGCUGGCACGCUCAACUGCGUUGCUGGCACGCUCAACUGCGUUGCUGGCACGCUCAACUGCGUUGCUGGCACGCUCAACUGCCACGCUCAACUGGAUGCUCGCACGCUCAACUGCGUUGCUCGCACGCUCAACUGCGUUGCUCGCACGCUCAACUGCGUUGCUCGCACGCUCAACUGCGUUGCUAGCACGCUCAACUGCGUUGCUGGCACGCUCAACUGCGUUGCUAGCACGCUCAACUGCGUUGCUAGCACGCUCAACUGCGUUGCUAGCACGCUCAACUGCGUUGCUAGCACGCUCAACUGCGUUGCUAGCACGCUCAACUGCGUUGCUAGCACGCUCAACUGCGUUGCUAGCACGCUCAACUGCGUUGCUAGCACGCUCAACUGCGUUGCUAGCACGCUCAACUGCGUUGCUAGCACGCUCAACUGCGUUGCUAGCACGCUCAACUGCGUUGCUGGCACGCUCAACUGCGUUGCUAGCACGCUCAGCUGCGUUGCUAGCACGCUCAGCUGCGUUGCUAGCACGCUCAACCGCAAGGCAGCGUGA